AAUUAAUUGGGAGAAUUAGAUUUUGGAGGUAGAUUCUUCGCUGUGAUGAAAGAUUUAUAGGUUUUAAUUAAUUGUUUAUUAACAAUUUAGUGAAAGACAGUGGCCAAGAAAAUAAAUUCGCUCCUCAUUUAUAUAAGAAGCAAAAGCUUGUAGCGGGAGCAAUCAAAAUUAAAACUAUUGAGAGAAAAUAUCACAAAGAUUUCCUAGACAAAAGAGCCCUCAGCUGAGGAAUUUGAGAUAAAAAGGUGGAAGUCAGGUCAUUGAUACCUCUCAGCUGAGUGCAUGCAUUCCAUCCUGAUUGCUUAAGAACUUUUAUAUUAGAAGAAUCUAAAAACUCAGUUCCAGUUUCAUGCCCAGUUUGUAAUAAACAAAUCUUGGAAAGAGAAGUAAAAAUACUGAUCUCUCCAGAUGAAUAUGACAAGUACAUCGCUAUGAUAUUGAGCAAAACUCUUAGAGACCAAAAACAAAACUGCAUUUACUGCUAUUCCUCAAUCAUCAAACAGAAGGAUAGUGCAUCCCUUAAAAUUUCAUGAAAUAACUGCAAGUUAUCUUAUUGCCUUAACUGUAAAGAAGAGUGGGAGGGUAACCAUUCAUGUCAUAAUGGGAGAGCUUUAUCAAACAAUUGAAACUCAAAGUCUUGUUCUGACAAGAAGUGCUUCUGCACCAACACUGAAUGGCAGUCGUAUGCUAAGACUAAGAAAUAUACCUCAAAACCAUCAAAAUCUCAAGUCCACUCAAGCUCUGCAAAGCCCACUUAUAAUAGGUCAUAUAAAUUUGAAAAUUUCAAAGUAAAGAACCAGGCUAAAUCUAAGAAGAAACAAAUAAUCUCAGUGCAAGGCAUCAAGUACAGCUCAAGGCCAUCGCUUCAGCCUCAUUCUCAAGGGAAUAAGGUUAGGCGAGGCAAAUAUUGCCUAGGGAACUUUAAUGGAGACACUAAGCAUUUCAAAUUUAACUGCCAGUGAGAUAUCUGUAAACUAAUCACUGCUGAUCUAAGCAAUUCAAACUACCUUGAUAAUUGCGAAGAACUUCUGCAUUCAAAGAAUUCUAAGGUUUACAGCUCUGAGAGGAAGAGUAAGAAAACUCUUCGAACAACUGGAAAUACUUUUCUCAGGAAAUAUUGUCAAGGAAGAAGAGAAAGACCCAAAGAUUCAUCAUUAAAAGGAAUCUAUUACGAUGAGGAAAAUGACAAAUUUCAAACAACUGGCUAUAUUCAUCCUUCAGAUGGGUCUUACGAUAGAGAUAAUUAUGAUCCUUCAUUUAAUUUCUGUUCUGAGAUGUUAUCUGCCCAAUACUCUGACCACAUGGUUAAGAAGCAUGAAUUGAUGUCAGAUCCUGCAAACUGAGAGCUUAUUCAACAAAUGAAGAAGAACAAGUCUAUUGAAGAGUAUACUAUCCGAACAAAAAGAUGGAAUAAGAUACUGAAAGAAAGUCCUGUUAAAGCAGAGAAACCAAAUAUACAUAAAGCUAAAUCUUUUAAAACGAAAAAUGUUAAGACAGAUUUAUCAGCUGCAACACGGAGUGUAAAAACAAAGAAGAUGACUGAGAACCCAAGGAGAAGCAAAAAACCAAGUAUCAGUUGAAUUGAUUCCUCAAAGGAUCUUGAAAAUAGUAAAACUAAACCUAAAACUAGAGUUAAAUAAAAGAUGUUGAGAAGGAAAAGGAGGUUGUUCAGGAUACGUACCACAGCCAUUAAACAAACCUAUAAUGAUUCCUUCCAAACAUCUUGAAGGCCAUCCAAUAAAUAUUGCAAUAAAGAAUAUAAAUCAGUUUAUAAAUCUUGCAUUCAAAAUAAAAUAGCAAGGAUGAUUACAAUGUACCUGCAAUUCUUAACCUUGGAAAGACUCUUGGGAUAAUAUACCCAAAGAGCCAAAUAGUUGAUCAUAACUUCUUGAGGUCCAGAGAAUUCCUGUCUUUCUCUAAAGAGAAAAUCCUUAGAUAUCUAUACAGUGCGAUCAACAAUAGUAAUGGAAAGAUAGAACCUGAUAACUCAAAGAGCCUGAUCUCAUUCCAUCAAAAUAGGUUCUACAUCGGCAGAGGAAACAACUCAAUCCUUGUCAGAUCGGUGAUUAAGCAGAGAUGGUGGUGGUCAAUGAAUGAGAAGGAGGACUUCUUCAAGACAAACUUUAUCUGGACACAAUGGAGAAAGAACAAGCACUUAUCCAUACUUGAUGCCAAAUAAAGAAUGCACUAACCAAGAGAUGAAUGAUUUAAAAUAAACAAAUCCUAAGUGAAAGGGCUGAUGAUAGUUAUGAAGAAGAGUCUCCUCAGCAAGCGAACGAAGAAGGAGCUCCUACUAGCGCAAGUACUCUUUUCCAGACCAAGAUUUACAACAGGCUUGAGAAUAACUUCCAUCUCAGCAAUAAGAAAGCCUUAUUUUGGAAUAUGUCUGAGUACUAUAAAUCUAUUAAUAAAUCCCCAUGGGAUGCUCUGCCAGUCACAUUUCAUGUUGAAAAUGGGCUUUCAGACCCAGAAUACAUGAAAUUCCUAAAUUUUCAGUCAAGACUGGAGCUCGAAAUUCAGAGCAAAACACGAAUUAAGAAUGAAGUGCUCUUCAAACGUCGGAAAGAGGAGGAACAAAAACAGAAGAAAAAUAAAUUUGCCAGAAUGAAGGAGAGAGCACGAAGAAGAGGAAAGAAGAUCAUCAGGUCUGAGCCUUCAAGCUCUGAAGAUGAAUCUAACUCCUCAUAUGAUUCUGACUCUGAAGAAGAGGAAUCAGAAGAUGAUGAGUUCAAAAUCCCUAAGAAUAUGUGGAUCGUAAAGCCAGGAGAGAAUACUAACAGAGGGAACGGAAUCCAAGUCUGAUCAUCUCUUCAAGAAGUAGAAAAUAUAAUCAGAACAUGUAGACCAAAGCAAGAAGUGCAGAAUGAUAAAGAUAAAAGUUCAAAGCUUGAAGAUAAUCACAGAAGAACUUUUAUUCUCCAAAAAUAUAUUGACAGGCCCCUUCUGAUAAAAGGAAGAAAAUUUGACAUCAGAGCUUUUGGAACCAUGACUUCUAUAAAUGGACUUCUUAAAGGAUAUUUCUACGAAGAUGGAUAUAUCCGAACAAGUUCAACCAAAUACACAAGCAAAUCAAAUGAUGUGUUUAUUCAUCUUACCAACGAUGCUGUCCAGAAGCAUGCUGAUAACUUUGGAAAAUAUGAAAAUGGUAAUAAGUUGUCGUACCAUGACUUCCAAAAAUACCUUAACUCUCACUACCCUGAAGAGAAUGUAUGAUUUUACAGAGAUAUUCUUCCACAAAUGAGAUGACUAGUCGCUGAUGCUUUCAGAAGUGUCUAUGGAAAAAUAGACCCAUUCAGACGAAUCAAUUCAUUCGAGAUAUACGGUUUCGACUUUAUGAUAGACAGAGACUUUAAAGUAUACAUGAUCGAAUGAAAUACCAAUCCAUGCUUGGAGCUCCCAUGCCCACUAUUGACUAGAGUUAUCUCAGGAAUGCUGGAUAACUCUUUUAGAAUUGCUAUUGAUCCGUUGUUUCCUCCAAGUGAUUUCUCAUUUUGUUGUAAAAGAACUGCAGCUCUUCCUGCAGAAACAAAGUAUCAGCUUGUCUUUGAUGAAGAAGCAGAUGGAUCUGAACUUUCUGAACUUCUUAAGAAGCAAAAGAACUGAAUAUUUGACAUUGAAGAAGAGGAAGAAGAUGAUCAAGACGAAGGUGAGUAUAGCGAAGAAGAAUUGUCACCAGAAGAAGCUGGGUAAUUAUCUGUUGGUUAUAUAUCUCAAUC